CUACCUAUUGAACACCAAGCUGUUCUUGAAUUCACAGAGAUCUGCCUGCCUCUGCCUCCCGAGUGUUGGGAUUAAAGAUAAUUCAAAAAUGGCAGAACUUUUCAUGGAAUGUGAAGAAGAAGAGUUGGAACCAUGGCAGCAGAAAGUAGCAGAAAUUGAAAAUAAAGAUGACGAUGAUGAGUUGAUCUUUGUUGGAGAAAUAUCAAGUUCCAAACCAGCCAUUUCAAAUAUUUUGAACAGAUGUAGUCCUGGCUCUUCUUCAAAGGGACUAAGGAGUGACUCAUUCAGUCCAGCUUUUGCUAAUAUAUUCAAACCUACAAGUCAACAGUACAGAAAUCCAUCACCUAAUCCAGUGACUGCUUUGCCUAAAUUUCAUACUGAAUCCAGGUCUUCAGAAAGUUCUGGUUUUCAUGCUGUUUCUAAACCUAGUUUUUCAAAGACUUCUUCACAAGAUGAUCCAGGUGCUUCUUCUGUCUUACAGUUAGACUCAACCAUUGAUACACCAUCCUCCAGCAUACUGAAAAAGAGUACAGAAGGUAUCGAUCAAACUUCAUUAGGAUUAAAACAUCCUUCCACUUCCAAAGACAACAGUGUUAAUCCAAAAAAGCCAAAGACCAACGCAAGUGUUUCUGAAACAACUCCUUCCUCUUCAUCAUCUCCUUCCAGUGCUUUCACACAGGUUGUUGUAUCAAAUGAAUAUACCUCAUCAAUUCAGUCUAAAACUGGAGCAUCUUCACUAACAUGUUGUCCAAAGUGCAAAGUUAAGUUCAGUUAUUUGGAUCCUUUGAAAUACCACAUGAAGCGCUGCUGCCCAGAUAUGAUUGAUAAAUUUAUGGAGAAACAUUCAGGAGAUGAAAAAAAAUCUAGAAUUACCUCAGAGAAAGACAAAUUGAUCAUGCUAGUUGGUGAUUUUUAUUAUGGAAGAUAUGACGGAUUUAUUGAGGAAGAACUGAAGACCUACACAACUUUUAAAUGCUUCAGUUGCUCAAAAGUUCUUAAAAAUAAUAUUAGGUUCAUGAACCACAUGAAACACCACUUGGAACAUGAAAAACAGAACAGCGAAUCCUGGGAAAGCCAUACUACGUGCCAGCACUGCUUCAGACAGUAUCCCAACCCCUUCCAGCUACAGUGCCACAUUGAGAGUACACACACUCCUCAUGGUUUUUCUACUAUUUGCAAAAUCUGUGAAUUGUCUUUUGAAACCGAGCAUCUGCUUUUACAACACAUGAAGGACACUCAUAAACCUGGUGAAAUGCCAUAUAUUUGCCAGAUUUGCCAAUUUAGAUCGUCAAUAUUUUCUGAUGUAGAAACUCACUUUAAAUUAACUCACGAAAACACUAAGAACUUGCUAUGUCCAUUUUGUCUCAAAGUUAGUAGAAUGGCAACCCCUUAUGUGAAUCAUUACGUGAAGCAUCAGAAUAAAGGAGUUCAUCGUUGCCCGAAAUGCAGACUACAAUUUUUGACCUCUAAGGAAAAAGCCGAUCAUAAGUUAGAACAUCGUACAUUUAUAAAGCCUAAAGAUUUAGAAGGAUUGCCUUCUGGAACAAAAGUUACUAUUCGAGCUUCACUUGGAUCUGUUCAAUCAAGACCACCAAGCCCACCUCCUAGUUCUAUUCCAAGUACUUCUCUUCAAGUCUCAACUUCAGAGUCUACAACUACUAAAAGCAACUCAAAAGCACCUGCAAAUAAAAGUAAAAGUAAGAUAAGUACGCCUCAGGUGGUUUUAACCGCAGUAUCUAAACCCAGUACAAGUAAACUAGGUCCAAGUGCAACUAAAUCCAAAGCCAAGCACAAGAAACAGCGCACCAGGAAAGACAAAUUCAGUUUAGCUUUGAAGAACAUGAGAUGUCAGCAGGGAAUUCACACGUGUAUUGAGUGCCAUUCCAAAAUAAAAGAUUUUCCAAGCCACUUUUCUGCAGUUAUAAAUUGUGAUUUUUGCAAGUAUACCACUAACUGUAACAAAGCCUUUACAAAUCAUAUGAGCUCUCAUAAUGACCAUCCAAGUAAACGGUUUUGUAUUCAUAAGAAGCAUUCAAGACCUCACAGGGGCAUCACUCUAGUGUGCCUUAAAUGUGACUUCCUAGCUGAUACUUCUGGCUUAGACCAUAUGGCUAAACACUUAAAUCAACGUAAAACUCAUACUUGCCAAGUUGUAAUAGAAAAUGUUAUUGAAAGUACCUCAACUUCUGAAUCCACUUCUGACGGCUUGUUGAAAUAGAUUCCUGCUCUAUGGAGCUCGUGCAACCUGGUGCAAGACAAGUUGGAAUUUCCUAAGUUCAAAGUUCUGCAGUGUUUUCUUUUACAAAUCCAGUUUCCUAAGUUCAAAGUUCUGAAAUGUUUUCAUGAAGGCAAUUAAAACCCACAACACUAGCUCUCAUUAUUCAGCUCUUUUCAGCUUCAGAUGGCAGUAGAUUCCUAUUCCACCUUAUCUUUGUGUCAGGUUAACAAAUCUUAACAUGUCCUUUUCUUCUCCAGUUAGCUCUGGAAAAAGAACUUUAGUUGCUAUAGUCUUUUCUUGCUUUCCUUUGCAUAAUUUGUGGUUUUCUCUGCUGUACUUGCCUUGAGAAUACUACAUAUCAAAUAGUGUAGUUGUUCUAUUUCUUUUUGUCUGUUUUGUCUGCUUCUUAAUUUCUUAUAAAUCUUUCUGGUCAGAUAGAUGUUUUUCCUUCACUCUUUGUCUGUCAUUGUUCUAUUUUUCCUAUUUUUCAGAUGCAGAAGCAACACAGAAAUUUCAAAAAAUGUCCAGUGUACUCCUGGACAGUGUCCCCCUUCGUUGGACACAACUGAUGCCUGUUCUCUUUCCAAGGAAUGUGAAUUGUUUGACUGUGAGACCUGUUUCAAUUUGUGGCCUUGGGAAUUUAUCAGUUCUUAGGCAGAGUCCCUUCCUACCUGAUUGGCCUUCCAUAAGACUGAUAUUGAUUUGGCCAUCAAUGACUUCAAGGUCCACCAAAUUGAGCACAACUUCCCACUGGGGGCUUUGGUUAAGUUUAGGCUUAUUAAUUGAUUCUAGUCACGAAAGCCCAUCAAGUAAGUGCUUUAACAUCCAAGUUCAAGUUUAUCACUUUGGCUGCAGUCCUUUAAUCUUCCUCUAAGCUUGAAUGCAGUCUGAGGUGUAUGAAAAACCUGACUAUGUAGGGAGUGAGGAUUACUUUCAUGUUCUUGGGAAAGCAAACUUUGUGAAGUUCAAGCUCCAAAGUAAGUUACAUAUGUUGCCAUUUAAAGUUUUAGCCAGUAUUCCAAGAGUUCUCAGUAGUGAUAGUACUUAAAUUCUUGAUUUUUGACAUUCACCAAAUUUAUUGAUGUCUACUUUGUAUGUCUACUUUCAUAAUUUCUGAUAAAAUCUUUUGUUCUGUGUUUGUUUAAAAUGCCUAGAAAUUUCUUUAAAAUUUUCUAAAGAUUUCAUGCAACUACCUAUUGGUUGUUUCUUUUUUCUUUUCUUUUUUUGUUUUUUUUUUCUUUUUCUUUCUUUUCUUUCUUUCUUUUUUUUUCUUUUUUUUUUUUUUUUGAGAAAGGGUCUCUACUAUAUAGAUCAGGCUGACCUUGGCCUCACAAAUUUCCAUCUGCCUCGGCAUCCCAAGUGCUGGAUUUAAAGACAUAUGUGGUACUUGUUCAGCUCAUUAGACAUUAAUACAUGCUCUGUCUAUCUUGAGACUAUCAUUAACGUCUUAGGGAUCAGGAAUUCAAAGACAAAGAACAAAACUCCCCUUACAGAUCUUAAAACAAGUUUUUUAAGUUACAUUGCUACUCACUUAGUAGUUAUCCUCUUAG